AUGGUUCAUGAAUUUCCUGGGAGAUUUCAAGGCAAAGUGGUCGCCAUUACUGGUGGAGCCUCUGGCGUUGGUGCUGCUCUUACACGUCGUUACGUUGCCGAAGGAGCGAAAGUCCUAAUUGCAGAUCUGUGCGACGUGGAACGAGGACAGAAGUUUGCCGAUGAGUUCCCAAAGAGCACGGUCUUGUUUCACCAAUGCGACAUUGGUGAUCCUGCACAGGCGGCUGGCCUAGUCACAGCAGCCAUUAACCAACUCGGAGACUUGGAUAUUGUUCACAAUAACGCAUCCGCGUUCGCUUGGGGAGCAAUACCAGAUAUGGAUCCUGAGAGCUGGACCAGGGUAUUCAAAGUGGGGGUGGACGGCCCAUUUCACAUCUGUCGGGCGGCGAUUUCCCAUAUGAGGAAUCAAGAGGGUAAAAAACAGAGGGGAGCCAUCAUCAACACACUUUCGACUUCUGGGCUGAUUGGCGACAAAGGUCUGGGCGCCUACUGUGCUGCAAAGGCUGCCCUGGCUAAUCUGACCCGUGCCAUGGGUAUUGAUCAUGCCCCAGAAGGGAUUCGAGUCAAUGGCGUCGCGCCUGGCUGGAUCAAUACUCCAAUGUCUGCUGCACUGAGUGCAACACCAGCUGUGCAUGAGCUUGUCGCCGGCAGCACCCCUAUGCAUCGGCCCGCUGAGCCAGAAGAAAUAGCUGCGGUAGCAAUGUUCUUGGCUUCGGAGGAUGCGUCCUUUGUGACAGGAGCAGGUAUGAAAGUCCACGAACCCCAAGCCACGUGGCGUUCUAACAUAGGUGGUCCACCUAGUAUGGAAUGCAGAUGGUGGUCUUCUGGCUUCAAGUCGAAUGCCGUCACUGGACCAGGUACAUCAGGUGAGUGA